AUGGAAUCAUGUAAGCAAGCAAGUGAAUUGGCUAAUAGUGUCGCAUUCAACGCUAUUAUCAUUGUUUGGAUUAUCAUAUCAGCGACAGGAUUUGUUGUUGAAAUAUGGGUAAUGCUUAAGAUAACAAAUCGUAUUUUAUUACAUCGAAAUACACGAAUUUUGAUUAUCACACAUCAGUUAUGGCUCAUUCUUCACUGUGCCAUAAGAGUAUUUACCUACACCUAUAUGUUAGUGGGAUAUCAGAAGAAGCACACUGAUCCCUGCGGGUAUAUGAUGUUCCCGUGGGAAUGUUUGAUGAUACGAGGACCGAUUAUUCUAACAUCGUCCUUAAAUGUUGCUUCUGUACCUGCAAUAGUUAGUGAGCGAGCUAUUGCUACAUUUUUUUCAUCGAAAUACGAAAAUUUUGGAAAAACUAUCGCUGUUGUACUUAUCAUGGCACAGACUGUAAUUGGAAUUGGGUGCGUUUUAUUUAUUUAUGGCAAUUUUUCAUUGCUUAAAUAUGGAAUGAUGGUUUACUGCGCUCGAGCAAGUAAUAAAGCAAGCGCAAAAGUUAUUGUGAGAUUACAUCGAAACAAAAUUCACGUUAACUUAUCACAUCGUUAUCAAAUCAUGGAAAAUAUCAAUUCCCUUCAGACAUUAUUACCAAUGGUAGCAUUUCAUGCGCUACUCCUGGCAGUUUACAUGAGUGCACACUGUCUGUACUACACUUUCAAUUCCACUAUUCCCAAAUUUUCUCUCACAACUGCUAUUUACUUGGAAUGUGUACAACUAACUCCAUUAUACGCAUUAACCUUGCCAAUUGCUAUAGUAUGGACAGAAAAAUAUGUCAGGAAAACUGUUCAGGAAAAUCGUCGGAAGGUUAUGGAAUUAACUGGCAGUGAAGUAGCUGACCAUUACUUUGCAGUUUUCGAAAGAUCUGCAGGAAAGAAUGCUUGA